CCUCUUUCCUGCAAAUCUUGUUGCUGCAGCUUUCCGAACGUAUGCGACAGAAUAUAAGAUGCUGCUCAGAAACACUACCUCUGGAAAUGUCACGUGGGAAAAGAUCCCUGUCGGUACUGAGAUUGAAGGGAUGAAUAUCCUGGGACUGGUGCUGUUCGCUCUGAUUUUAGGAGUGGCACUGAAAAAGCUUGGCCAGGAAGGGGAAGAUCUGAUUCGCUUCUUUAAUUCAUUCAAUGAGGCAACUAUGGUCUUGGUUUCCUGGAUUAUGUGGUAUGUACCUAUUGGCAUUAUGUUCCUUGUUGGGAGCAAGAUUGUGGAAAUGGAAGAUAUUGUGCUUCUGGUGACCAGUCUGGGAAAAUACAUCUUCGCCUCUAUUCUGGGCCACUUCAUCCAUGGAGGAAUCAUUCUGCCGCUUAUUUAUUUUGCAUCCACACGUCAAAAUCCGUAUCGUUUUCUCUUAGGACUUAUUACACCACUUGCCACUGCUUUUGCCACUUGCUCCAGCUCAGCCACUCUCCCGUCGAUGAUCAAGUGUAUUGAGGAGAACAAUGGAGUCGACAAGAGGAUCAGCAGGUUUAUCCUUCCUAUCGGAGCGACUGUAAACAUGGAUGGAGCUGCUAUUUUUCAGUGCAUGGCAGCUGUGUUUAUUGCUCAGCUGAACAAUGUCGACCUCAACCCUGGGCAAAUCUUCACAAUUCUUGUGACAGCUACCGCAUCCAGUGUGGGUGCAGCCGGGGUCCCAGCCGGAGGAGUCCUCACCAUCGCUAUCAUCUUGGAGGCCAUUGGACUUCCGACCAACGAUCUCUCCUUGAUAUUAGCGGUGGACUGGAUUGUGGACCGAACCACCACAGUUGUGAAUGUGGAAGGGGAUGCCCUAGGAGCGGGCAUCCUUAAUUACCUGAAUGAAAAAGAAAAGAAAGACAAAGAGCAGGAGCUAAAGGAAGUCAACGUAGAAGCAGUUGCUAACAGCAAGUCUGAAGGGGAAACAUCGCCUUUGGUAACCCACAAAAACCAAGUCUCCAACGCAACCAGUACAGCAGACCCUGAAUCCAAGGAAUCAGUAUUGUGA